AUGACGCGGAUACUGGAUCCAGAGCAUGCCUCGAGCCACGGCACGCCGGUGUACGUGACCGUGUGGGACCUCACGCCGUCAUCAAUGUGGACGAGUGCGGCGCGCGGGUUGGGGCUGGGCAUCUUUCACACCAACGUCUGGUUCCCCGAUCUGUCGGUGGAGUGGGCGUUCGGAGGUCAUGGCUACCGCGAUGUGAGCGGCAUCUUUUCGAUCCCGCGCGAUCCGAUCGUGCUGGAUGCAGUGCAUGAGCGCGUCCUUGCCGCCGUGAGCGACGAUUCGGCUGCAGUGUUGGCAGAGAAAUCUUAUACGCUCGAUGGGUUGUCGUGGCUGCGCCCCGAGGACAUCCCCGCACCAGGAUCACCACCGCUACCAGGCGCACAGUACAUGGGCGCGUACUUUGUCGGAUACGCGGGCCGUGUCGGACAGCCUUCACGGCCGCACGCAGAGGUGCAGCCGUGGGCAAGUGCGCAAUCUGGCAAAGCUGCUUUUCGUGAGCCAGCCGCUUUGGUCGAGCCUUACUUUACACAUGCAUCGUCCGUGCUUGCCCGCAGAGGAGGCGCUACAUAUCUACAUUCUAUAUCGGCAACGCCGCAGAGCCCGAGCAAGCAUGCGGAGGGGAGAUCCGAUGGACGACAUCCUCGGCAUCGCGGUGCGCGUCUGGCAUCGGUCGCGCACGUGCAAGCCACGAUGCAGGAGCUGCGCAACGACGCGGACUGGAUGGGCCCGACGUACGAUCUCGUCUCGCACAACUGCAACCACUUUGCCGACACAGUAUGUCGGCGCUUGACGGGCGCCGCGCUGCCAGCCUGGAUCAACCGCAGCGCCGCCCUGGGACGCAACCUCAUCUGGGCCAUCCCCAAGUCCAUCCUCGACAUAGACACUCGAGUGCCUCUUGAGGACGAUGACCUCACCGACCUCGACCACGCCACAACACUAGACACGCAAUGA